AUGUCCACCCGCCCCGGCUCCUCCACCUUCGAAAUCACCCUCCUCCCCAAUCUCAAAAACUGCCUCCUCAACCUGCCGCCCACUCUCGCCUCCGCCCUUGUCAACGCCAACACGAUCGCGCAGAAUGUAGUUGUCGAGUUGCAAUGGCGGUCGAGUCAAGAGCAGCAGCUGCAGAGGGGCAAACCCGCCGCAAGCACCACCCAGAGUGCGUUUCUGGGAUGGACGGGCAUGCAGAGCCAGAGUAAGAGGAAGGAGAGGGGCGAUGUGCAGACUGUGGAGGUGGAUGCUACGUUUGCGAGGUUGCUUGGGUUGGGGGAAGGGGUAAAGGUCAAUGUCUCGUUGCAUGUAGAGCCUCCGAUGGCGCAUACGGUGAACAUCGAGCCGUUGAGUGCGACGGAUUGGGAGAUCAUCGAACUCCAUUCCUCGUUCUUGGAGAUGAACUUCCUCAGUCAAGUCCGCGCGCUGCCAAACCCCACCGCUGGACAUAACCAUCCGAUCACGCUCCAUCUUACACCGACGUCCACCGCGAAUAUCCGAGUCACGUCCCUCACGCCUGCGCCUGCUGCUACGCGAGAGUUUGUUAAGAUUUCCCCGGACGCCGAGGUCAUUGUGGCGCCGAAGACGAGGGAGAGGUCUUCGAGACCGGGAAGCUCGAGGGAUAAUCGAUCGACGGCGAGUACGAGUCGGAGAAGUGCGGGUGGGAGGAGCACGACGAGUAAUGCGCGACAUCGCAGCGCGCAUGAGAGUGAGAAGGCGAGACCGCCGUUGUUUCUGCGGGGUGUUACGAGGGGGCUGAAGAACGAGUGGUUUGAGGAUGGUGGCGACGAUAUGAAAGAUGACGGACUGAGGAUAUGGCUGGAUCGGGAACACCUCCUAUCCAAGACACUGAGAGGCGUGACCUGGGUUGCUGUGCAAGUCGUCAAGCCAGCUGGUUUGCAAGAGCCUGUCGAUCCGCAGAGUGCGCCUAAUCCGGAGCAGCAGCCUGCUUCGAAGGUCGUCGCGAAGCUCUGUGCCUGGGAAGAUGCCCCGGACAGUCGCCAUGUGGCUCUAUCGACAUUGCUGUGUGCUACGCUGGGAGCAGAAGGAAUUGUGGGUGGGAUUGUGCGUAUCGAUCCUGCGCCUGCGCCUCUUCCUAGAACUGCGUCUGCGAUGAAGGAGCCUUCGCAGCAGGCUAGCAAAGAGGCUAUAGUGAAGAGGUUGAAAGUCACUCCGUUCGCGCCCACUCAGGCUGAGAAGAAGGCUGCUGGGAUCAACUUCGGCGGGAAAUCGAAAAACGAACGAGAUGAGGGCGUGCAAAGAAUCAAGGCGAUCCUGGGGAAAGCUAUUCUGGAAGGCCCUCUUACCGACGGCAUGCUUUUGCCGCCGCGAGAAGGCUGGCCGGGAGGGAUACUGGACUUCGACCCUGCGCCUCCUGGAGACCCUUCGAAGGCGAGGACGAAUUGGCUCAUUGGGGGUGAGAGGAAGUUGGAGAUCUCUUUGCAGCCGGAGACGGCGAGACAAAAAGCAGCUCGAUGGCCGCCUGGUGAGGAUCUGCCAGAGGAAAUACCGGAAAUGGUCGGUAUUGAUGCGACGAUUGAACAGACGAGGAAGAGCCUGUUGCAUACUUCCUCCGUCCUGCUGACGGGAGGUCUAGGCUCUGGAAAGACAUCCCUGGCGCAUCUGCUUGCUCAUCAGCUGCGGAAGGAGUACCUCUUCAAUGUGAUAUACUUCCCAUGCCGGACGCUCGUAACGGAUGAGACGAGAGUGAAGACGAUCAAAGACACGCUCCACCGCGUGUUUGCAUCAGCAGCAUGGAACGCCCGUAUUGGCGGCCGAGCAGUGGUCAUUCUGGACGACUUGGACAAGCUCUGCCCCGUGGAGCAGGAGCUUCAAGUCGACGCCAACGGACGGAGUCGACAGGUUAGCGAAUUGCUGGGACCCAUUGUACGGGAGUGGUGUGGACGAGACACGGGAGUAGUGAUGCUUGCUACGGCGCAGGGCAAAGAAAGCGUUAAUAAUGUCGUUAUUGGUGGACAUGUGGUCAGAGAUAUCGUGGCUUUGAAAGCGCCGAGUAAGGAUGGGAGGAGGAAGGUGCUUGAGUUGCUUGUCAGGCGGGCGCUGAAGACGAAGACGCAAGAGGAUGCGGAUACGGGAGUCAAGAAUGGUGGUGGUGCGGCGAGUGAGUGGAUGGAGGGUUCAGACGGAGAGGACGAGGGCAGGCCGGGUUCUGCUGGGCAAUAUGGGCAUGAGGCUGAUGACCCUGAAGGUGUGACUCUCGAUUCGCAUCUGGAUCUUCUGGAGAUUGCUGGACAGACGGACGGAUAUAUGCCUGGCGAUCUGGCAUUGCUGGUCUCACGAGCACGGAGCGAGGCCUUGAUUCGGGCUAUUUCGAGCGAUUCGAUUUCGGAUGAAGUCACGUUGGGUGGUGAGGAUUUUGAUGCCGCUUUGAAGGGUUUCACGCCGGCUUCUCUGCGUGGUGUUACGUUGCAUUCUUCGACGACGACGUUCGCUGCUAUUGGUGGACUGAAAGAGACGAGGCAGACUCUGCUCGAGACAUUGCAAUACCCGACCACGUACGCGCCUUUGUUCGCCAAGUGUCCGCUAAGGUUACGGUCUGGUCUACUGCUUUACGGAUAUCCCGGUUGCGGAAAGACGUUGCUUGCAUCCGCCGUGGCGGGCGAGUGUGGACUCAACUUCAUCUCGGUCAAGGGACCGGAGAUUCUGAACAAGUACAUCGGUGCUUCGGAGAAGAGUGUGCGGGAUCUGUUUGAGCGAGCAGAAGCUGCGAAGCCCUGCGUGCUGUUCUUCGAUGAGUUCGAUGCCAUCGCUCCUAAGCGUGGGCAUGACAGCACCGGUGUGACGGAUCGCGUGGUCAAUAUGCUGCUCACGAUGAUGGAUGGUGCAGAGGGACUGAGUGGUGUGUACGUCCUCGCUGCCACGUCUCGUCCUGAUUUGAUCGAUCCUGCUCUGCUCCGACCAGGUCGACUGGACAAGAGCUUGAUAUGCGAUAUGCCGAAUGAGGAAGACAGGCUGGAUAUUCUGGAAGCCAUCAGCAAUAAGCUGAAGCUUGACCCGGCUGUAACGGAGAGCACAGGCUCGCAGAGUUUGCAAGAAGUCGCGAAGAAUACUGAAGGGUAUUCUGGCGCAGAUCUGCAAGCCGUCAUGUACAACGCGCACCUCGACGCCAUCCACGACGUUCUCGGCCCUGCAGACGGCGCCGCUCAAGACUUUGGGAAGAAGAAAUCCGACGGCUCCAGGGGCCGGAGUGGAAGCAACAAACAUCAAGAUUUCACAUACUUCAAACCCGGCGACAUCUCCACCAGCCGCCCCAUCACCUCCUCAGGAGAGGCCCCCACAACCCCCGCCCACCAAGCCGCCGAACGCGCCCUCCUCGCCGCCAAACUCUCCGCCCUGCAAGCAACCCGCCGCAAAGCCCGCGCCGAACGCCACGCCGCGCAAGGACGCCCUCCCUCUCGCCAACAGCAGCCGCAAAACGGCACCCAAGAAACGGCGUCCGUGGAACCCGUGAUCUCCUGGAAACAUCUCAGCAAGAGUCUGCAAGAGACGCGGAGUUCGAUCUCGAAGCAGGAGCAGGCGCGGUUGGGCAGGAUUUAUCGCGAGUUUGUGGUGGGGCGGAAUGGGGAUUUGAGUGAUGGGCAGGGCGGGACGGAGAUUGGGGGGAGGACGAGUUUGAUGUAG